AUGGAUACCGAAGCGGGUCAAACCCCCGAAACCCGAAGGCUGCUCACAGCCGCCGACUACUUCCUCCAACACCGCAUUUUCGACGACUGCUGCAAGUACGCCGCCCGCGCCCUCGACUCCGACCCGAUGAAUUCCGCCGCCGCCAGAAUCCUCUCCACCGCCGCCCUUCUCUCCGCCUCCAAAAUCUCCGCCACACACCACGACUACUACGCCCUCCUCAAUCUCCCCUAUUUCGAAUCCGACGCUUCUCAAAUCGCCUCCAGCUUCCAAACCCUAGCUUCAAUUCUCGAUCCGAACGCCAACCCUAGCCCCCUCACGUCGGAGGCCUUUGAUUUGGCGCUCAAAGCCUGGUCCGUCCUGUCCAAUUCCGCGGAGAAGGCCGAAUUCGACGCUGAGCUGCGGAGGUACAUGGAUGCCGGCGGUUGUACGUCGCGGAGCGUCGGUGGUACAUUUUGGACAAUGUGCCCUUAUUGCUAUUCCGUGUACGAGUAUGAUAGGGUUUAUGAGGACUGCUGCUUGAAGUGCGUGAAUGAGAGGUGUAGAAGAGUGCUCCACGCCGUGGCGAUUAGGGUCCCUCCGCCGCCGGACGUUGUGGCAAAGGGGCAGUACUGCUGCCCGGGGUUCAUGCCGUUUGAUGUCCGUAGUGGUCGUAGCAAUGGAGAUGAGAAUCCGUGGCUUCCGUUUGCGCCUUCAAUCAACGUUGGUAAAGGGCUGGAUCUUAAUUCUUCCACCUUUGAAGAUGCAGGUGGAAGGGUGAGAAUGAAGAGGAAGAAAUCUGUGCCCUGGAAUUCAAGGAAGGUGAUGGGUAAUGGAAUUAGUAUCAAUGGCGAUGAGGCACAUUUUGUUUAUGGAGUUAGAGAAGAGAGUUGUUUGAAUGUAGAUAAAGAGGGAGGCCAGCCUUGUUCUGAACAAGUGGAGUUUGUGGAGGGAGAUGAUGAUGUAUACGUAAGUUUCUGA